AUGGGACCAGAAUCCAAACUAUCUUUAUUCAAAAAGGCGAACGGCAGAAGCCGAAUGAUCAACACAAAUAUGCCGAAUAAUGCCACAUUUAUACCACGGCCUAGGUGUAAACUCAGGUCACUUCUGCUUAUAUGUUUAGUUGUUAUACUGUUAGUACAAAUUUCCAAUUCAGAAAGAGCUGCACGCCGAAGGCUGCGGCGUCCAUUAAAAUCAUCAUCGCAAAGAGUAGCAGUGUCCAAAGACCAGGAAGUAGCGCCAAGCGUAAGCAAAUUCAGAAGAACUAGACCAGGACACAAAAAACCAUCAGACAAUGAUGUUAGCGCAUCCACGACCAAGAAGGAUAAAGAUGGCUACAAAGUUGUAUGCUACUACACAAAUUGGUCACAAUACAGGGUCAAAGUUGGUAAAUUUACCCCAGAAGAUAUCUUGCCCGACUUGUGCACACACGUUAUCUUUGCUUUCGGCUGGUUGAAGAAGGGCAAGCUUUCGUCGUUUGAAAGCAAUGAUGAAACCAAAGAUGGAAAAGUCGGUUUAUACGAAAGGAUCCAGAAACUAAAGAAAGGCAACCCUAAUUUAAAAACUCUGUUGGCUAUUGCUGAAUAG